CGCGCGCCUGUCUCUGGAGCAGCCGGCCACGCCCCCUCGGUGGCGAGUGGAAAAUUACCAGCAUACAAUCAGCCCCAAGUAGAAGCUCUGACAUCCGCUAGAGAAGGAUUGAUAGCCCCGGUCGCCUGUGUAAUUCAUCUCUGCGUCCUUUUCCCCCUCUCAGACAAAUCUGACAUUGCUUAUAAAGGCUUUUAAAAAUAGUCCCGAGUCGAUAGAAGUUACUCUUUAAGCUAUCUAAGCGCGUCUGAUUCACCGCGGCGUCCAGUUCUUUAAACAAUACUAAUAAUAAUAAGAAGAGGAGGAGAAAAAUCACUUUUUUCACUUAUUCAUCGAUUAGUACUACCAUAUAAAACUCCACUCUCGCUGCAGCGAGUCCGCCUGAUAGCUUUUUCUCUUCGCAAAGGGCGGAGCUGUUGUCGUUGGGGGGCGCUUCGCCAAAAAAAUAAUAAAAAGUGCUCGAGCUUUGAUUGACAGCCGCCUGCGCCUAUGGGAGAUCAGCGCGGGCGUCCUGACCGUCAUUUGAUCCAAUGGCGUCGCAGGAAGGGCGUGACGUUAAUCCAAACUUUUUCGCGGCGCCGACGGCUGAAAACUAAACCGAGAUGGAAUCUCCCAGUCUGAACCGGUUUCAACCGGUUAUGAGUUUGUUGCCUGUGAGGAGAAGAAGGCACAUAGGCACACUCUCACGGUCUCUCUCAGUCUCUCAGUCUGUCUCCUAUAAGCGCUGCAAAGAAAAAAAUAACAAUAAAUCAUCAAGUAACAGACAAGAUUUGUUGAUUUGAGGUUAAGUUCUAUUUCGUAAAAUGACUCGGGUUGAGGAUAUACCUUAGCUUAGCUUAGCCGUGAUUGUGUUUGCGCUGCAGUGGUCCUUAUUAUUAAAAAAAAAAAAAAAAAAAGAACAGUUAGCUGAAGCUAGCAUAACGGUUUUUUGUUUGGUUUUUUUGUGUUUUAAACUCAUCCUAGGAGCAGUGAAGGCUAGUCAGCGGGUUCUUAAUUCAUCCAGGCAGUCACCGUUACUGGAGCUAGCUGAGGUGACAUAAGGGUGUUUAUUUAGCAACUCUGGCAGAAAAAGCAGACCUUUCUUUCAAAGGCUUGGACUUUCGAGCUCUAUGCCAGCAGUUAUGACAAUGUUAGCUGACCACGCAGCCAGACAGCUGCUGGACUUCAACCAGAAACUGGACAUUAAUCUCCUGGAUAAUGUUGUUAACUGCUUGUACCAUGGAGUGGGACCGCAGCAAAGAAUGGCCCAGGAGGUCCUCACGCAUUUAAAGGAGCACCCGGAUGCGUGGACCCGAGUGGACACCAUCCUGGAGUUUUCUCAGAAUAUGAACACCAAAUACUAUGCUCUGCAGAUUCUGGAAACAGUUAUUAAAACAAGAUGGAAGAUUCUGCCCAGAAACCAGUGUGAAGGAAUUAAAAAGUACGUCGUGGGCCUCAUUAUCAAGACGUCUUCUGACGCAGCCAGUGUGGAGAAGGAGAAGGUGUACAUUGGAAAACUCAACAUGAUUUUAGUUCAGAUUCUGAAGCAGGAGUGGCCCAAGCACUGGCCCACGUUUAUCAGCGACAUCGUGGGGGCGAGCCGCACCAGCGAGAGCCUCUGCCAGAACAACAUGAUCAUCCUGAAGCUGCUCAGCGAGGAGGUGUUCGAUUUCUCUAGCGGACAGAUGACCCAGGUCAAAGCCAAGCACCUGAAGGACAGUAUGUGUAACGAGUUCUCGCAGAUCUUUCAGCUCUGCCAAUUUGUGAUGGAAAACUCCCAGAAUGCUCCUUUAGUACACGCCACCUUAGAAACGCUGCUCCGGUUUCUGAAUUGGAUCCCACUGGGCUACAUCUUCGAAACCAAACUCAUCAGCACUCUAGUGUACAAGUUCCUGAACGUUCCAAUGUUUCGGAACGUGACGCUAAAGUGUCUGACUGAGAUCGCAGGUGUGAGUGUGAGCCAGUACGAGGAGCAGUUUGUCACGCUGUUCACUCUCACCAUGAUGCAACUCAAACAGAUGCUGCCUCUGAACACGAACAUCCGUCUGGCAUACGCGAACGGGAAAGACGACGAGCAGAACUUCAUCCAGAACCUGAGCUUGUUCCUCUGCACCUUUCUCAAAGAGCACGGCCAGCUCAUAGAGAAAAGACUCAACCUACGUGAGACCCUUAUGGAGGCUCUACACUACAUGCUGCUGGUGUCUGAGGUGGAGGAGACGGAGAUCUUUAAGAUCUGUCUGGAGUACUGGAACCACCUGGCGGCGGAGUUGUACAGAGAGAGUCCGUUCAGCACCUCCACCUCCCCACUGCUCUCCGGCAGCCAGCACUUUGAUGUUCCACCACGCAGGCAGCUCUAUCUACCUGUACUCUCCAAGGUGCGUCUGUUGAUGGUGAGCCGCAUGGCAAAACCGGAGGAGGUGCUGGUGGUGGAAAACGAUCAGGGUGAGGUGGUGCGAGAGUUCAUGAAGGACACUGACUCUAUCAACCUGUACAAGAACAUGAGAGAGACGCUCGUGUACCUGACCCAUCUGGACUACGCAGAUACAGAGCGGAUCAUGACAGAAAAACUUCAUAACCAAGUGAACGGGACAGAGUGGUCCUGGAAAAACCUGAACACGCUGUGCUGGGCCAUCGGCUCAAUCAGCGGAGCCAUGCACGAGGAGGACGAGAAGCGAUUCCUCGUCACGGUCAUCAAGGACUUGCUGGGAUUGUGCGAGCAAAAGCGAGGAAAGGAUAACAAGGCUAUCAUUGCCUCAAACAUUAUGUACAUCGUUGGCCAGUACCCACGAUUCCUGCGCGCACACUGGAAGUUCCUCAAGACUGUAGUCAACAAACUGUUUGAGUUCAUGCACGAAACCCACGAUGGGGUGCAAGACAUGGCGUGUGACACGUUCAUUAAAAUUGCACAGAAGUGCAGGAGGCAUUUUGUGCAGGUGCAGGUCGGAGAGGUCAUGCCCUUCAUUGACGAGAUCCUCAACAAUAUCAACACCAUCAUCUGUGACCUGCAGCCACAGCAGGUGCAUACGUUCUACGAGGCAGUGGGUUACAUGAUCGGUGCUCAGACGGACCAGGCUGUACAGGAGCACCUGAUAGAGAAGUACAUGCUGCUACCCAACCAGGUGUGGGAUAGCAUCAUCCAACAGGCCACCAAGAAUGUGGAUAUCCUGAAGGACCCAGAGACUGUGAAACAGCUGGGAAGCAUCCUGAAGACCAACGUAAGGGCGUGCAAGGCCGUGGGUCACCCCUUCGUCAUUCAGCUGGGACGCAUCUACCUGGAUAUGCUCAACGUCUACAAGUGCCUCAGUGAGAACAUCUCCGCAGCUAUCCAGACCAACGGUGAGAUGGUGACUAAGCAGCCAUUAAUCAGAAGCAUGCGCACGGUGAAGAGAGAAACUCUUAAACUCAUCUCAGGCUGGGUCAGCCGUUCCAACGACCCACAGAUGGUCGGGGAGAACUUUGUUCCACCUUUGCUGGACGCCGUCCUGAUAGAUUACCAGCGGAACGUUCCGGCGGCCAGAGAACCGGAAGUGCUCAGCACCAUGGCGACCAUCGUGAACAAACUGGGCGGACACAUUACAACCGAGAUUCCACAGAUCUUCGACGCUGUGUUUGAAUGCACGCUGAACAUGAUCAACAAAGAUUUUGAGGAGUAUCCGGAGCACCGUACACACUUCUUCUACCUGCUGCAGGCAGUGAAUUCCCACUGCUUCCCGGCGUUCCUCGCCAUUCCCCCUGCGCAGUUCAAACUGGUGCUGGACUCCAUCAUUUGGGCCUUUAAACACACCAUGAGAAACGUAGCUGACACUGGUCUGCAGAUUCUUUACACGUUGCUGCAAAACGUGGCCCAGGAGGAAGCAGCAGCUCAGAGCUUCUACCAGACGUACUUCUGCGAUAUACUGCAACACAUCUUCUCCGUAGUUACGGACACAUCACACACGGCCGGUCUGACGAUGCACGCGUCUAUUCUGGCUUACAUGUUUAAUUUGGUAGAGGAGGGUAAGAUCAGUAUGACCCUGAACCCUGCAAACCCCAUGAGCAACCAGGCUUUCAUCCAGGAGUAUGUGGCUAACUUGCUCAAGACGGCCUUCCCUCAUCUGCAGGACGCACAGGUGAAGGUGUUUGUGACGGGGUUGUUCAGUCUGAACCAGGACAUUCCUGCAUUUAAAGAGCACUUGAGAGACUUCCUGGUGCAGAUCAAGGAGUUUGCAGGUGAGGACACUACAGAUUUGUUCCUUGAGGAACGUGAGGCGUCUCUGCGCCAGGCCCAGGAGGAGAAGCACAAGCUGCAGAUGUCUGUCCCUGGAAUCCUCAACCCUCACGAGAUCCCUGAAGAGAUGUGUGACUGAAUACACACACCGUUUGUGUGUGUGUGUGUGUGUGUGUGUGUGUGUGUGUUGUAAAAAAAUGUAUAUACAUGCAUACACAAACACGCAUCAAUGCGUGCUGGCGCCUUAACGCAUUUAAACACAUCGCUAAAGACAGCAGUGUCCAGGCUGUCUGGUUUUGAGGCCACUGAUCUGUGUGUGUGUGUGUGUGUGUGUGUGUGUGUAAGGGUUGAGUGUGUCUGAGAGUGUGUUCCUCCACUACGGAGACAAAAUCUGCACUUGGCUGUCUUUUGACCAAAUCAAUGCCAAUCUGUAAAAUGAUCCAGUCACCCAGUGGCCCUUUUUACAUAACCUGCGUUUUAUAUGGACACUUUGUUUUGUGUAAUACCUCCUACAUAAUUAACUCGAGUUUAUGAUUGGUCAGUUAACCUCAACGCUGCAUGGAGAUUUUCCUCAAAGCUACACGUUUUAACUCGUUCUCUCGCCUUUCUCUCUCUCUCGCCCCCUCCUCUCUCUCUUCAGCUUACACAUCAUGUAUUAGUUUAUAUAUUAUAUAUAAAGUUGGGAGUGCAGUUUUUUUUUUUUUUUUUUUUUUUUUUUUGUUUUUUGUUUUUUGUUUUUUUGUCUUGCAGUAAGCCACGUGUGAACGCAGUGAUGAGGAAUCUCAGAUUUUGGAGAUCAAUUCUUUGCCUCGCAUGCUAGACCGUCUAAACAAAGGUUUUAUAUAGUGCUGAAGGAAGACACGAUAAAACAGUGGACGUGUGGAACUUUUUCGGUUUAGCGGUUUUCUUUUAGUCGAACAACAACCAAAAAAAAAAAAAGCAUUAUUACUUUUCUGCAAAAAAAAAAAUAAUAAUAAUAAUUAAUUGCAAGCCGAAUCCUCCAGUUCGGUAGAUCGAUCGUAGAUGAAGAUUAUUUUUAUCGGACUGCGAGUAUAAAAAAAAUCGGAUCAUGUUUUCUGCAUAAACCUGGAUAGCGGUUAGUGAUCACUUCCUGUAAAGAGAUCAUGCCAUCCAAGUCAGACUAAAAGGUUCAGCCUUAAUGUUAACGGUUAGGACAGGAUCACCUGUUUAGACUUUACCUUAAGAUUCCUCAUCACUCUGUGUGUGUGUGUGUGUGUGUGUGUGUGUGUGUGUGUGUGUGUGUGUGUGUGUGUGUGUGUGUGUGUGUGAGUGAAGUGGAGGAAAAAAAAAAAAAAGGAACAAGCUGUGAGGUUCUGCGCUGCUCGCAGCCUGCAGAUGUGAAUGUUGAAAUUCAUGAAUGAAUCCGAAACCAAGCGAUGAAGGUCUGUUGGACGCUGCUCGAUCUCUGUUCUACCUGGUUAGCAUCCUCGCUGUCCAGUGGCUUUAUAUUAUAACGGACGCAUCGUCACUAUCGAAUAGCAGCUUUAUUACCAUGGGAACACUUGGAUGUUUCUUCCUGUUAGGGUUUUUUUUGUUGUUGUUGUUGUGUUUUUUUUUUUUUUGUUUUUUUUUUUGGAUUGUGUGUGUGAUCGUGUGCGCGCAGUUGUGUGUGGGUGUGCUGUCGCUUAGCCGACAUCAGGGUUUUUUGUUUUCCUCAAUGAGGACAGUGGCUCCUUUUGCGAGCUUUCAUUAAAUCGAAGUUUAAAAGAAAAAAGAAAAAAAAAAAACGAAAGUGGUUGAAAUAUUUAUGGGUUUAUUGUAGGCUGCGUCUUUAUACCUGCUCUCAUGUUAACUCAUUCAGAGACAGUUAUGGAGGGUUUUUUUGUUUUGUUUUUGUUUGUUUGUUUUGUACUAAUUUACUUUGUUUACUAUGCUGUAGUGCUUCAAGUCACUACGUAGAGCAAAUAAAGAAUUUAAAGAAAACACGGUUUACAUUUCUUUUUCUUCAUUUUCAAUUUGUUGUUAUUUUUAAACUUCAGUAUAAAUAAAAAUGCUGACAUUCUGAGUAGGAAGAUAACGUUUCUGAUUGUCAGUAGUGGAGACAUCCCCUUCUUUAAGUGUUAUGUUUGAUGUGAAACUUUCUUGUUUUUUUGUUUUUGUUUUUUUUGUUUUUUUGAGUUGAUUAAAGUGAAAAGAAUUUUAUAA